UUUUUACCUUACCUCCAUUGACGGUCUGGUGCAACAAUUUUGGUAGUGUCUAUCAAGACUCAUCCAACACCAAUACCGUUCUAUAUUAGUUUUAUACUACUUCAAAUCAAAGAAAAAUGCCUCCCAAAUUUGAUCCCAAUGAAAUCAAGAUCGUGUACUUGAGAGCCGUAGGAGGAGAGGUUGGUGCUACCUCAUCACUUGCUCCCAAGAUUGGUCCCCUCGGUUUGUCACCCAAAAAGGUUGGUGACGAUAUUGCCAAGGGAACCCAAGAGUGGAAGGGACUCAAGAUUACAGUACAGUUGACUAUCCAGAAUCGUCAGGCUAAGGUCAGCGUUGUACCAAGUGCUUCUGCUCUCAUCAUCAAAGCCCUGAAAGAACCCCCAAGGGACAGAAAGAAGGUGAAACAUGUAAAGCACAGUGGAAAUAUCACUCUUGAUGACAUCAUCAACACCGCCAGAAUCAUGCGUCCCCGCAGUUUGGCUCGUUCACUCGCUGGAACCUGCAAGGAGAUCUUGGGCACAGCCCAGUCUGUUGGCUGUACUGUAGAUGGCAAGGACCCACAUACUGUUAUUGAGGAGAUUGAUGACGGAGAAGUAGAAAUUCCUGAAGAGUAAAUGAAAGCUGCUCUUCAACAGACCAUACGAACUAAGAACACUAAAAGAGAACUUAAUACAUAAUUCAAUGUAUAUACGUUCAUGAAAGGUCUGAAAAAUAAAAAAUAGAAAAAACCUAAAA